GGGGUCCUUAGUCACGCACGCAGACGCAAACUGGUCUUCUACGUGGAAAACAUAAUGGUGGAAAAACGUGGGUCGAGUUAGGAUUGAGUUGUUUCUGCAUAGAUCCAAAGUUUCCACUAACCAUUGACAAUGGAGUAUAUGCAAGCCCCUGCCACAAGCAGCCAGGGACACAUCCUCUGCUGUACCUGUGGCGUUGCUAUACCUCCAAACCCCGCCAACAUGUGUGUGGCUUGCCUGAGAACUCAAGUGGACAUAUCAGAAGGAAUACCCAAGCAAGUUACAGUGCAUUUCUGCAAACAGUGUGAAAGGUACUUGCAACCGCCUGGUACAUGGGUGCAGUGCGCUCUUGAGUCAAGGGAGCUUUUAGCUCUUUGUCUGAAAAAACUGAAAGGGUCCAUGAGCAAGGUGCGCCUGAUUGAUGCAGGAUUUCUCUGGACAGAGCCACACUCAAAGAGGAUUAAGACAAAACUGACAAUCCAGAAAGAGGUGAUGAAUGGAGCCAUUCUGCAGCAGGUGUUUGUGGUGGAGUUUGUGGUCCAGUCUCAGAUGUGUGAUGACUGCCAUCGUGUGGAAGCCAAGGAUUUCUGGAAGGCUGUGGUUCAAGUGCGACAGAAGACACAACAUAAGAAGACAUUUUUCUAUCUGGAACAAUUGCUUCUCAAGCACAAGCUUCAUCAAACUGCUCUGAACAUCAAGGAAAUACAUGAGGGAAUUGAUUUCUACUAUGGCUCCAAGCAGCACGCACAGAAGAUGGUUGACUUCCUGCAGUGCACCGUACCUUGUCGGUCAAAAACAUCCCAGAGGCUCAUCUCUCAUGACAUACAUUCAAACACGUACAACUACAAGAGCACUUUUUCUGUUGAAAUUGUACCAGUUUGCAAGGACAAUGUGGUUUGUCUUUCACCACGACUGGCACAGAGCUUGGGGAACUUUGGUCAAAUAUGUGUCUGCAUUAGAGUCACCAGCACUAUUCAUUUGAUUGACCCCAACACCUUGCAGAUUGCUGAGGUGGAUGGUAACACAUACUGGAGAUACCCUUUCAACAGUCUCUGUAACCCACGGCAACUGGAAGAGUUUAUCAUUAUGGACAUCGAUAUCAUCAGAGACCAAAAGUUGGGUUCUGGGGCUGGCAUGAGGUCUAACAAACACACAUUGGCUGAAGUAUGGGUUCAAAAAACCUCUGAGAUGGAUACCAGUCAGCAGUAUCACUGCCGUACUUUCCUUGGCCACCUACUGAAUAUUGGAGACCUUGUUCUAGGGUAUGAUUUCGCCAAUUCCAAUGUUAAUGAUGAAUAUUUAAAUAAAAUGAACCCCCAUCAUGUCCCAGAUGUGGUGUUAAUAAAGAAGAGCUAUGAUCGCACAAGACGGGUGAAACGCAGGAACUGGAAGCUUCAAGAGAUGGCCAGAGACAAAGAGGGCAUGGAUACAGAUGAUGAGCGGCAAUACCAAGACUUCCUGGAGGACCUUGAAGAGGAUGAAGCACUGAGAAAGAAUAUAAACAUAUACAGAGAUGCUUCAAAGAUUCCGGUUGAGAGCGACACUGAUGACGAUGGAGCACCACGCAUUUCCCUGGCAGAGAUGUUGGAGGAGCUGAGCCUGAGCGAUGCAACAGGAGGAGAGGGAGAUGACAUGAUGACGGACUAGAGCCCACAUCAACACAGGCAAAUGCUCUGUAAUUGGUUUCAGGAGUGGGACAUUUAGCAUGGGCAAAACCUUUGUACUUCUGUCUACAGGUAAAUCCUGUAAAUUAUCACUCAAUAGAUAUUUGCUAAAUUCCUAUUUACUAAAUUUUUAUUUUUUUGAUAUCAUGAAAAAAUGUUCAGGCUGUCUGAUGUUAUCUCGCUUAAAAUUUGAAUUGUAACAACCAAAAAAAUCAAAUGUACAAUCUGCAUUGCAUGUACAUCAACGAGUCACCAGGGGGAGCUAGUCACUUGGACAAUGUGAUGCCUCUUGAUCUGCAUUAAUAAACUGAGACUGGUCAUUU